AUGGCUACGCAGCAGCAUCAGUACUAUCCUCCUCCCCCGGGCUCGGCACCCCAAGGUCCGCCGACCUCGCCUCCUCCCAGCCGGACACAAUUCUACCCUCCGCCGCCCCAGGGCUCACCCGCCCAACUUGUCAACCAUCCUCAGGCUUCUCCGGGACAGCAUAUAAACUAUCCGCCGCCACCUCAGCACACCCCUUCUCCCCCGUCAUCUCAGCACCGCAACACACAACACUACCCACCGCCGCCUCAGCAGAGUCCGUCUUCUCGUAUACAUCAGCAGCAACAUGCCGCUGCGCAGCAGUACCCCCCUCCGCCAGCUUCUCCGCCUGCGCCUCAAUUGCUCCAGCAGGCUUCGUUGGCCGUGAGACCAACUUCGACAAGUGGCCAUCCCGGGCAGCAAGACCCGCCUUCAUUUGACCCCCCACCGCCGUUUCCCGGGAGCAGCAGCGCCCCCUUUCCGCCGGAGAAGCCUGAACAAGAGCAACAGCAACAGCAACAGCAACAAGAGGCAGUAGACACGAGUGAUCCUUCCAACCUUUGGGCCGGAGCACCGCCAGCCGGCCACUUUGUCGGCGCAAGUGCCGCGGUUGAUGAUGUGGGAACUUUCAACGGCGGGAGCUACCGCAUUAGCCAUCGUGAUUCCAACACAAUCUUGACCAUUCAAUUGGCGAUAGGGUGUCCUUUGCAAGCCAAGCCCGGUGCCAUGAUUGCCAUGUCCCCAACCAUCACGCUCAAAGGAGAACUGAGGUUCAGCGUGAAAAAGAUGAUUGCGGGCGCCGACAUGACGACGUCCAGAUAUGUUGGUCCUGGCGAACUUCUUCUUGCUCCCCCUAUGCUAGGAGACAUCACCAGUAUUCGCCUGACCGGCCAGGAGAGCUGGGUCGUCGGGCACGACGCCUUUCUCGCGGCCACGCAGGGAAUCGUCAAGGACCACAAACGGCAGGGCCUCGGUAAGGCAAUUUUUAGCGGAGAAGGCCUGUUUGUGUAUCGGAUGAGCGGUACCGGCAUCCUUUGGCUCACAAGCUUCGGGGCCAUUAUUCGCAAAGAUCUUGUGGAUGGUGAGAAGUACAUUGUCGAUAACGGCCAUUUGGUGGCAUGGAAUACCAAGUAUGUCCUAGAGCGGGUGGCUUCUGGUGGUAUAAUUUCGAACAUGGCCUCUGCGGAGGGCCUGGUGUGCAAGUUUACCGGGCCCGGGACCGUCUUCAUCCAAACGCGCAACCCGAAAGCAUUCACGGCGUACAUGGGUGGCCAAGCCGUUCAAGGUUGA